CCCCCCCGCGACAGUUUCUAGAAGCACGUCCCGGCGUCCUUUGCGGUCCAACAUGGAGGAGCUGACGGUGGAAGUGCGCGGCUCCAACGGGGCCUUCUACAAGGGAUUUAUCAAAGAUGUUCAUGAGGAUUCCCUCACAGUUGCAUUUGAAAACAAUUGGCAACCAGAGCGCCAGGUUCCUUUUAAUGAAGUCAGAUUACCACCUCCCCCGGAUAUCAAGAAAGAAAUAGGUGAAGGAGAUGAAGUGGAGGUUUUCUCACGAGCAAAUGAGCAAGAACCAUGUGGCUGGUGGCUAGCAAAAGUUCGAAUGAUGAAAGGCGAGUUUUAUGUCAUUGAAUAUGCUGCCUGUGACGCUACUUACAAUGAAAUUGUCACAUAUGAACGACUUCGACCUGUGAACCAAAAUAAAACUGUCAAAAAGAACACGUUUUUUAAGUGUACAGUGGAAGUUCCUGAAGAUCUCAGAGAUGCGUGCGCUAAUGAAAAUGCACAUAAAGAUUUUAAGAAAGCUGUAGGAGCUUGUCGGAUUUUUUAUCAUGCUGAAACUGCUCAAUUAAUAAUACUGUCUGCUAGCGAAGCAACAGUGAAAAGAGUGACUAUAUUAAGUGACAUGCAUUUGCGCAGCAUUCGUACCAAGCUAAUGCUCAUGUCAAGAAAUGAGGAAGCCACAAAACACUUAGAGUGUACAAAACAACUUGCAGCAGCAUUUCAUGAGGAGUUUGUCGUCAGAGAAGAUUUAAUGGGGCUUGCAAUAGGGACGCAUGGUAGUAACAUACAGCAAGCCAGGAAGGUCCCAGGAGUUACAGCAAUCGAGCUUGAGGAAGAUAGUGGUACUUUCCGGAUCUAUGGAGAGAGCGCUGAGGCAGUAAAAAAGGCUAGAAGUUACUUGGAAUUUGUGGAGGAUUUUAUUCAAGUCCCCAGAAAUCUUGUUGGAAAAGUUAUUGGAAAAAAUGGAAAAGUGAUUCAGGAGAUAGUAGACAAGUCUGGAGUCGUCAGGGUGAGAAUUGAAGGUGACAAUGAAAACAAACUGCCCAGGGAAGAUGGAAUGGUCCCGUUUGUAUUUGUUGGCACUAAAGAAAGCAUUGGAAAUGUUCAGGUUCUUUUAGAAUACCACAUUGCCUAUCUGAAGGAAGUAGAACAGUUAAGGUUGGAGAGGCUUCAGAUUGAUGAACAACUGCGUCAGAUUGGCAUGGGUUUCAGACCUUCUUCCACCAGAGUUCCUGAAAAGGAAAAGGGCUACACCACGGAUGAAAGUACCCUCUCCUCUGUACAAGGCUCUAGGUCAUAUAGUGGAAGAGGGAGAGGUCGCAGAGGCCCAAAUUAUACAUCAGGUUAUGGUACGAACUCUGAGCUCUCUAAUCCCUCUGAAACAGAGUCUGAGAGGAAAGAUGAACUGAGUGACUGGUCAUUGGCAGGAGAGGAUGACAGGGAGAGCAGACACCAGCGUGACAGCAGAAGACGUCCUGGAGGAAGAGGACGCAGUGUUUCUGGGGGUCGUGGACGUGGUGGACCCCGGGCUGGCAAGUCCUCCAUCAGCUCUGUGCUGAAAGAUCCUGACAGCAACCCUUACAGCUUGCUUGAUAACACAGAAUCAGACCAGACUGUAGACACCGAUGCCAGUGAAUCUCAUCACAGUGCUAACCGCCGCAGGCGAUCACGCAGGCGAAGAACUGAUGAAGAUGCUGUUCUAAUGGAUGGAAUGACAGAGUCUGACACUGCUUCUGUUAAUGAGAAUGGUUUAGAUGAUAGUGACAAAAAACCCCAGCGACGCAAUCGUAGCCGCAGGCGUCGCUUCAGGGGUCAGGCAGAAGAUAGACAGCCAGUCACAGUAGCUGAUUAUAUAUCACGAGCUGAAUCUCAGAGUAGACAGAGGAACUCCCCAAAAGAGAUGCUGCCCAAAAACAAGAAAGAAAUGGCAAAAGAUGUGAUUGAAGAACAUGGCCCUUCUGAAAAGGCAAUAAAUGGACCAGCUGGUGCUUCUGGGGAUGAACCUUCUAAACCACAGCCUAAUCCUGAAGAAACGAAAAGUACUGUACAAGAAGAUGGAAAUAAUCAGGAAGAAGCAGUGCUGAAUGGUGUUUCAUAAACUGAAGUUCCUAGUUUACAGUUCUUUUACAUUACAUUUUACAAUAGUGCUUGUAUAAGCUUGCCAAAGAUAGAAUAUGGAUCGCCAGUCUUGACACCGCACUUUCAGUUCCUCCAUUUUGGAAUACAGAAAGGGGAGGGAUCCUGAAGAAAUCAUAUGUUAAACAUACUUUGACACCUACUGUGUUAUAAAUAUAUCAUCAGAUGUGCCUUGAGAUAGUAUAUGUAACAUUUAAAUAAACAAAAACUUGCUGGCUAUAGGAAAUGUUAUUUUG